CCGAUACCAAGGAUCUAGUUAUAUCCCAUCUACUUUAAUCUCUCUCAAACGAAAACACACCCUCAAGCCCUUGCACAGGCUUGAUUAAUAAUAUCGACGACACCAUGUCCAAAGUGGCCCCCUCCAAGUCGCAGGUUGGCGACAAGGUCGAUGCCAAUGCCGUGACGCUCGCGCAAGAUGCCAAGUUCAAGGAGGCCGACGUCAACCGAAAGAUGAAGUUCUACGGCGUGCUCCAGGCCUUCCGCCAAGGACGCUACCCGGACAAUGAGCAGAUCGACAAGGCGCUCCGCUACACGCAGCAGACGAGCCCCGUGGACCUGGACAAGCUGAGCCCCGACGGCCGCAAGCUCGUGCAGGACAUCCGCGAGAUCAUCGAGGUGAUGCGCCGCAUGGUCCUCGAGAAGAACCCCAACGAGGAGUUCCAGAACUUCCUCUUCCACACCACCAAGGCCGACUACAAGGGCGCGACGGGUCUCAAGGUGCCCGUGUCCAAGGACGAGGCCCAGAAGGACGCCGAGACGGCGAGCGAGGCGCUGCGCACCCUCGUCAAGCUCUUCCUUCGCAACGGCGAGGCACGCAAGCUCUUUAGCGACUUUGGCCUCAUUGGCCGCGACAUGUUUGCCGAUGCGGCUCAGUUUGCUGCCGGCAAGGCGCGCCCCAACGAGGACAAGCUCGCCACGGUGGACCACCCGGCGCCCGACAAUGAGUUCCACGACGACAUUCCCGAGGCGCUCAAGAAGGCCAACAAGGCCGCCGACAAGAAGGAGGAGGGCAAGCAGGACGUCGCCGCCGCUGUCCAGCAGACGGCCAACGACGCGCAGGACCCCAACGCCUCGGUCGAGGCCAACAAGCAGACGGCUGCCGACCAGGCGGCCGCAGCAGGCAACAAGCUGGCUGCCAAGAUCCCUGACAAGCACAAGGACCUGGCCAAGGAGCACAAGGACAAGACGGUCAACUACUUCAAGGAGAACUUCCCCGAGGAGCGCCGCAACAACUUCAUCUACCGCCUGAAGAAGGUCCUCGUCGAGUGCCAGCGCCACAAGGACUACCAGGAUGCGAUGGACUACUUCCUGACGGCGUUUGAAAACUACAAGGGCGUGGCCAACGACCUGCACACGCAGACGGAGCAGAACGCCAAGAGCCUGACGAGCGAGAACAACGUCGACACGGCUCAAAAGUCAUUCCGUCGCCUGUUGGAGCGCUUUGCCAACGGCCGCUCGACGCAGCCCAUCGUCGAUGCCCUCGACACGCUGUACAACGACGUGGGCAAGGACCCCGAGCUCAAGGAGUUCUUCAAGCGCAUCGACACGUUCCUCCGCCGCUGCGUCCAGGAGCCCGGCUUUGUCAUGAAGGAGGAGGCCAACACGCAGGGCCGGCUGCUGCGCGACCAGGGCAAGCGCUUCUUCACGGGCGAAGGCGAGCAAAAGGGCAAGUACCAGCCCCACUUUGAGAACUUCUUCCAGCAGGUCGCCGACUUCUUCAAGGCCAUGGGUGAUGACCCACUCAACAAGGAGUUUGGCUCCAAGUGGGACAAGCUGGGCAAGGACCUCUUCUUUGACUCGGAGGGCAAGGCCACGUUCAAGCCCCACCUCUGGGACGACAUCCGCGACCCGAUCCUGCCCCAGCUGCUCACCCACAUUGGCUACGUGCCCAUCCCCCGGAUCGAGUACAGCGACAAGAUGGUGGACCUCGUCAUUGAGAACCUCAACGUCGACCCUGCCAACCUGCUGCCUAAUCUGAUUGAGAUUGACGCCCACCACUUCCACCGCAUGUCGGCCUACAAGAAGAUCACGGACCAGCACAAGGGCACCGUCAAGGUGCUCCUCUCGCAGAUCCAGACGGACCUGCGCGACGUGCACUGGGCUGUCAAGAAGAAGCAGGGCUUCCCCAAGAUUACCGACUCGGGCAGCGCCGACGUCUUCCUCGGCGGCCACGGCCUCACCGUUGCCGUCACGCUCGAGACCAAGACGGGCGGACGCGACGUCUUUACCGUCAAGCAGGUCAAGGCCAAGAUCCACAAGAUCGACUUUGCCAUCCGCGGCAGCAAGCACGACCUCAUGGCCAAGGUGGCCAAGCCGCUGGCGACGAGCCUCGUCAAGAAGCAGAUCUGCAAGGCGGCCGAGGGCGGCAUCCGCGACGGCUUUGAGAAGCUCAACGACCACCUCGUCGCCGUCCGCGACGCCGAGGAGGGCAAGAAGCUCGACACGCUCAAGCAGAAGUUUGGCGGCUCCCAGGACGCAGGCUCCAAGACGGAGAGCAAGGGCACGUUCAAGCUGGCCACGAGCAAGCGCAACUCGAUCCUGCCCCAGAUGGGCCACCCCGACGGCUGGGUGCACAAGCUCGACGCCGCCGAGGAGAAGGCCAAGGACUCGGGCCCCCAGCACAAGCCCGACUGGCACUCGCCUGCCUUUACCAUCGUCGGCGGCGCAGCCUCGACGCAGACGAGCGCCACGCCCAAGACGGGCGCCGCCAACGCUGCCGUCAAGACGGCCACUGGUGCCAAUGGCUCGACGACGCUGCCCAACGGCGCCGCUACCAACACCGCUGGCGUCGCACCAGCCAUCAGCGGUGCUGCCACGUCGACGGCCCAGGCCACCGCUGCCUAAGCAAGCAAUCUCUCUCUCUUCUCUCUCUUUCUCUCUCUCUCUCUCGCUCUCUUCUCACGGAAGGGGCAAAGGGGCAAAGGGACCCUGAUACCCUCCUUUGCGGCCUUUGCGCCCCCGCGAUGUGACCGG